AGAACACAAGAGUUGAAAGUUGAAACUUCAGUCAAAAACUGUCAACAGAGAGAGCGGCAAUGAUUUCAAUUUCAUACAAAAAAUGCUUCGUUUGGACAUCGCAGUAGUUAGCCCAUACAAUACCGUCAUGAGUGGUACAGUCCGAGAGAUCACUGUAACUACUGAUCCAGGAACCCCCUACUUCCUGCGAGUAGACUGGGCCAUAGACCUGGGUGCUGGGUUCACACUAGCCCUCACUGAUGGCAACUCAGCAUGGAUCGGAGAAGUUUCAGAAGAUGAGGUGACAAGAGAAGCCAAAGAUAUGGGAGUUAGGAGGGAAAGAUAUGUUGAGGAUCUUCUUCAAGCACUAACAGGAGGUGAAAGAGGACGAGGAGGAGGAAGGAGACGAGGCGACGAGGAGGUGUAUUCUUUCCACCUUACUCCAGAUCACUGUCAUCUCUCAUAUCAGAAGAUCUGUAAUGACAUCUUGGUGCACUUGGGUUCUGUGGAGCUCCAGCCAGCUCCAGACCCUCUAGAGCUGAACCGGGAGAUGAUUGUCCAGUCCCUAAAGCGCAGUAUGGAUCUGGGAUCAGAAAACUGCCAGCUGUUGGAGGAGAACCGUAGACUGAAACAGGAGCACCAGAGAAUACUCAGAGAGCUGGAGAAGCAGGUUCAGGAUAAGGAGAUGUUGGAGAGUGAGCUGUACUCACGCUUUGUCAUGGUGCUGAACGAGAAGAAGGCCAAGAUCAGAGAGCUGCAGAAUGCUGUCCACCAGCUCCAACAGACCGAUGACCAGCAGAGAGAUGAGGAGGGGAGACAAAGUGACAUUGGUGAAGAUGGCAGUCAGGACAGAAGAGAGGAGACAGUUCAGAGCAUCCAUCCAUCUCAGGAGUCAACUAUCCUCAUCACAGGUCGUAAUCUGGUGUGCCUGGGCAUCUCUGUGGACCAGACUUUUUCUGAUGAAGAUGAUGAAGAUGAUGAAGAUGAACAACCGAGACGGAAGCGGAGGUUGCUUCAUACCCCGAGCCCAGAGCCUUCUGAGCAGGAUUAGUCAGAUAAACUAAUGCAACCAAUGUAUCAUCAUAUUUGGGAUCAUAGUUGUUCUUGCCACUGCUUCCCCUUGAUUACUUACAUUUUUUAGUUCAUGAAGCUGUUUUGUGAAGCCUCUUUUCACAUACAGUAGCAGCAGUUCGGAUGGGAACAUUUAAGAGAAAACAAGAUUACAUAUUGCAGUUUUCAGGUAGAUCAUAUUAAGGCAACAACAUGACACACAGUCGCUCCAGUCUUUUUGCAGUUUAAGAAUAAGCUGUUCCAUGUGGCUCCUAACCAGAGUUUAACAACAAUGCAAGAAAAUAAUUUCAAGUUUAGUUUAAUGGCCCUGUGAAACAUUUUUCUCUUUUCCCUCAAAUUUCAGUCAUGACUUCUUUUCAGUUUCUGCAAAGUUCUGAAAAACCACCACAGUAACAGAUGUGGGGCCCCCUACUGAAUUUUCUGCCCUGCACAUUUCUGUGUAAUUAUUCAACUGGUUGUCUUCAUUUUACAUCUUAGAGUAUUGAUUGCAUUACUCAUUAAGGACAUAAAGUACUCCUCCUGCUGCCUCUGACCACAACACUGGUCUUAGAUGUGGAACUGGUCUCCAGAUGCUGACGAAUAGAUGCUAUCUCCUCCUAAUAAAUAGAAUGAGUUAAAUGCAAGGGACAUAUUUGGGUUUUUUAAACAUUUUCUUAGCAAUAAACAAACUGAAUGUUUUUUCAUAUUCUAUCUAUGGCAUUUGACUUUUGAUACUGUUCUGUUUUUCCCUUGGGAUCAUGAGUAGACUUGAAAAUAAAUUUCUAUGGGUGUGAACAUCUUAACAGCAGGACUUUAUAAAGAUGGACUCACUGGUGGGUCUGACAGAGUUUGACAUUAAUCAGCUUCUGUUAAUGUUUGGAUUUUCAGGGGUGUCUCCUGAACAUCCGGCUCAAACAUACAAUGUUGUGAGGUCUGUCCACAUUCAGCAGCUGCAUGUUUUCUCAUACUGUACUGAUUGACUGCAAUAGAAUGACCAGAGGCUCUUGGACUGCUUCCUUUUGGGACUACACAUGGGCUCAGACUAACAUUGCAUCUUGCUUCUACUGCUGCAAAAAAAGAUUCUGAAAAGCAGCAUUUACAACUUAUGCACUAUAUCUGUAGUCAGAAAAUACACAAAUAAGUAUUUUUAACACAAAAGUCACAGUAACAUCUCCAGAUUACGUGGUUGCAUUGGGAAAGUAGGUAUGGUAUAAUUGGUAAGUCACCUCUCCUACAUUUGUUAUAGUGACACUUCUUUUAAAUCUAAAAACCUCAUAACAUCCUCCCUCAGCUUACAGUUGGCUAGCAAAUAAGCAAACUAACCUGCGACUAACCAAUUAAAGCAAUAGCUUUUGAGUUCCAGUAAAAACAUGCACUUAUUCUCUCAUUUGCACCCUCGCCUUUGCAGAUUUCAUUUGUUGCACACAUCUUUUUCCUCUCUAAGCAACUAACAACUAACAUCAACUUCUUGGGUAGGAUACAUGGUAAUAUAAUUCAGCCUUGGUUCAUAUCAAUAUGUUGAACUAUAUUUCCCAAGUACAUCUCCAUAUUGAGGGAUAAAAUAUGACAUUUAAAAUGUUGUGUGUUUUAUUACUACAAAUUAUAUAUUACCUCUAACUUUUUCCUUCUCUCUGAUCUCUAUUCCUUUCUGUCUUGUUUCCACCCUCCUCAAUGAAUAGAUGACAUCCAGGACUCAUGAACAUUAUUAAAGCCCUAAAUCUAAGGCUGUUAUGAUGAACAGGUUUUCUUGACCCCUAUCCAGCAAUGUGGCAAGCUACUUUCAGCUAGUCAACCCUCACCUCGAUACACACAACCAAAAAUCAGGCAACAGUGUCCUGGAGGUGUCACCAGAUUUGAUGCCAGAUUUCGUCCCUGAUUGUGAAAGCCAGAGCAUGUUACUGCCAUCUGGUUUGCUUUAACUGUGACAAUUACCUGCCACAGCUCUCAUGAGAGCUCUCAUCUUCAAUAAAUCAAAAGACGAACAAUUAAUGGCACUAUCUUUUCCUAAAGACUCCAGACCGCAUGCUCUGUUUGGUGCUGCCGUCAAGACUUUGCCCAAAUGCGUUAGUGCACAUGUGAUAGCAGGCACUUAACGCCCUCCAGUGCUUCCUCAGGAACUGAUGGUGUUGCUGCUAAUGAUUUGGAGAACAUGGCAGAGAAUCUGGACCAGGACUAUGGAAGACUUUGACUUCGCCCUGAGCUCGAAUUUGGCUGCCAAGCCCCUCUGUCUUGGCUCUCUGUGAGACCGGAGAAAGAGUAACAACUACUGAGGGACAACAGGCUACACCCAGAAAACAGGGUGUCACCACCAAAGAACCGAAGCUGCUUUGUUGCUGCUUAUUCAUCAUGUCUUGCUUAUGUUUUUGUCCCUCUUUUCAUUAUGAAAAUAAACUAUAUGCCAUCUCUUUCAUUUCCCCUUUGUAAACUAGCACUUUGCGAACAAUAAUUUGACCUACUCCUUUUUUUCAUUUUCAUCUGCCCUUUUAUUCUGUAGAGGUUCUGUGGCCCAAACUACCUGAUGGGUGUUUUGCAGAAGGUUAAUAGGGUUAUGUUGUCUCUCACUAUCUUCACCUCCUCAACUCUUCCUUUACCUCUGCUACCAGCUCUAGGUCCUGAGGUCAUCACAGUGUGUCUUCACACUGACAGUAAAGAAACUAUUCAGGGUCUUUAUCUGACCAUUCUACCUUUGACUUCUGGACCUCCCUGCUGUCUUUUAUGAUUCUGAUGAUACCUACAUGUCUGCUGAGGACCACAGGUGGCUGCCAGGAUAAUCCCACAACACGUGCUUGCUGGUUUAAUAAUCUCCACAGGAAUGUCACACUGUCCUCUAUACAUCCCAUUAAUCAGUUUCUGAGGGUAAUUUACAGAUGAGUGCAUGACAAUGUGUGAUGGAGCAUGAGACAAAGUGUGAAAGAUAAGGAGACUGCUGUAUAUUUCAGUCAGUGGUUUCAUUCAGAAUAUUACGAUAGCAUGCUGAUAAAUGCAGAAUAUUCUAAAACAUGCCUAUUUGUGUUGUUUCAUAAUUUUGAAUAGAACCUGGUGAUAAUAUUUUUCUAAAUGUUUCCAUUUUUAACCAGUAGAUUCAAGAAUACAUUUUUUAAAAUUUGAAAUAUAACAAAUGUUCCCCUGGAAAUGCAUUAAAAAUACAUGAAAGAGAAAGUAAUAUUUUAAUAAAUUAAAUAUGUAUAUUGAAUGUUUUUCAAAAGUUUUUUGGGGAAAAUAUCUAUUGUGAAAUGUCUCACAAGAUGUUAAUUUCAACCUUACUGAAAUAAACAUUUCACUUUGCAAUGUU